AUGGAUACAGAAAACAACCUGCGCGCUCGACGAUCAAUCACGGCGUCCAUACUUCGUGCCAACCUCGUGUCAUUGCCAUCGGGAUAUCGGUUUGCAUGUGAACUGACCUCUGUAGAGAUCGCUGUCGGCGACGAGAUAAUGGGCGCCAGCCUCACUUCACCGAUACCGCAUCGACCGCCAACAUCAGUCUGCAAUCAUCUGUUCUCUCCGCCUGAUGCGCCAAUUUUUGUCCCAAAGCGGCAAUCUGUCUUAGUACAAGGUUGGCAGUGGAGCAAGAAGAACAUUCAACCAGUCGCAAAGAAAACAAUGGGUAAAGGAGCAGACCACAUCGGCUCUCGCUCAACAGAAAGUAUGACUACAUAUAGAAUGCAACGAGAUCUGCCAUACUCGCAAAUCCCAAUCGCUUUGGAUAACAAUCAAAACUAUAAACGUUAUGAGCCAGAAACUACCGUAAUCCCGAACUUCUACAGUAUUCGCGAAGAUAUCAAACGCGAGUUAAGGUUGAACAAACAAGACUUUGUCAAUAACAAUUUGGUAAGUCCGGAAGGUCCACCGGCACGAACACCACUUAGUCCCACGCAUACAAGAGCCUCAAAUGGAGUGACUGCUGUUCAACGAGUGAUCAACGGUAAAAAGAAUGCAGAGCAAAAACCAUCCAAAGCGAAUAGUAGCAUUGACAUUCAUUCAGCUAGGCGCCGAACUGUCAUUCAAGCAUCGACCUCUGAACUAUUGAGAGGCCUCGGAGAGUUCAUUGCUCAAAACAGUGACGUUGCUGCAUUUGAACCGGCACAUUUGGUAAUGUGGCUACGAACCGUCGAUAGAGCACUGUUACUCCAGGGUUGGCAAGACGUUGCAUUCAUCAAUCCAGCGAAUUUGGUAUUUGUGUUUCUAAUCGUCAGGGAAGUCAUUCCAGACGAAGAUUCGAUACGUACCGUGGAUGAUUUGCACGCAUGGGUUCUGACGUGCCUAUAUAUCAGCUAUUCAUAUAUGGGAAAUGAGAUCUCAUACCCGUUAAAGCCAUUCCUUAUUGAAGUGGAUAGAGAUAAAUUUUGGGAACGAUGCGUGAAUAUAGUAACCAGUCAUAGCGAGGACAUGCUUCGUCUAAAUUCGUCUUCCUCGUUCUUCACCGAAGUAUUUAGUGAAUUGAAGACAUAUUCGACUGACUAUUAA